CUGAACCAAUUUUGAACUCGAAUCUUUACCGGUGGAGCCAAAUUAAAAACGACAGUGUUUGCUUUCUCUUAGAUGGCAGAGUCGCGGAAGGGAAUCAUGGUCAUUAGGCCUACUCCUGUAAAUUGAAAAUGAGUAAACUGAUUUGAAGAUCAGAAAACACAGCGCAAGCUUUCGUCGUUUGCCAUCUUUAAAGAUUUUUAUUUUGAUUUAUAGAAGUGCAACAGUAUCCCGCGAUGAUAAUGAUCUUCCUUGAUCCGACUUUGAUAUUUUUUCUUCAACAUUCCGCCCGUGUAAGGACGAGUAUAAUAUCUGCAGAAAUUAAUAAAUCAUUGGAGGGAUUGAGUUCAUCACAUCCGUUAAUAGACCGAACUUCAGAUAAGUUUGUGCUGGACCCGACCAUCUAAGACAGAACUGAGAAGAAACUAUCUCUUGAAGUAAAAAAAUCACAAACUAAGUGAAAAUUCCAUAGUCUCCUGAAGUUUGACGACUUCGUUCCAAGCGAUUUUCAUCGGACGCUGUUCAAACCUUUAAACAAGAGAUCGAUAGACCCAUGCUAUAAUUUCCCACCAACAGAUCACCUACAUCUGUAUACAGGUUAUUCGAAACGCUAUCAUCAAAUAUCUGAGUGAUUUCUACAUUAAAUUUAGAAACGUCUUUAUUUUGAUAUAUGCCCCUUUUUCAUUUAAACAUGUUUAAACGUUCUGCACAGAUCUACCUUCGGAUUUUAUAGGCGAAUUUUUAGUUCGUAAGUGCACCGCUAUAGGAUCGCUUUUUACACCAAGAACUUUGUGAUGUUUUUUUUUAGAGCAUGCAGAAGUUAAUAUUUUUCCAAUCAUUUUUACUUUGAGUCUAAAGAGACAGUUGUAAGCAAAGGCAUCUUAAUUUUCACUCAAUAAAAACACACAUUCGGAACUUGUAUGCAUUUGACUUUGGGGGUUGGCAUUCUUCUGCAACGGCCCGCAAAGGAUCGUGUCUCCAACACAUUUAGUCUGACAGCCAGGUUGUAGACUCUGGCACCUUCCUUGAUGUUGAUUAACUAAGAAGCACAGUACCUUUAGUAAUCGUCGGAUAAAACAUCCGACAAAUCCUUCCACGAAAAGCUCCACUGCAAGAGGCAACUGGCUCGAGUUUCACCUUCUUCUAGAACUUCUAUGAAGAAGCUGAACAUGGCUCUAGGGGCCUCGUGCGACAACCGUGUCUUUUCGAUGUCUCCCUGUGAUCCAGGAGGCGCUGUAGCCACUGGACAGUCUGACCUCGAUGGAUGGACGCAUCAAGCAAGAGACCAGGGACACGACCUCGAGAAACCUAGCUGGUGGAACGUCCUGUCGAAGUCAUUCGGGGGUGCCGUUGGUGUCUCUGGAAUCAAGUUUGUCUUCAGUGGCAAGGAAGCAAAGAUCAGAAGGAUAAUAUGGGGCUUGGUUCUCGUUACCGCUGUUGCCAUUAUGCUAUAUCAGAUCAUUUAUCAAGGCAUAAUUUACUCUAAAUCACCGAUCAACACACGUGUUGACGUCGAGUUUGCCGAGUAUCGCGUGUUUCCAUCUGUUGUAAUCUGUAACUACAAUUUAUACAGAAAAUCAUACUUGGAAAAGAAUGAGAAAGAGUUUGCCGAUUUCCUGAAAUACGUAGCAGAUCUGUCGGCAAGACAUCAAUCGUUCGAUUACUCAACAUACAGAGGCAACUUAACCACAAGGAACUUCACAAACUUGAGUUUGAGCGCGGCCCAUCAACUCGACAGUAUAUUACUAGCAACGUUCGACAAUGAAGCCAUUUCGAGUGCAAAUUUUUCUCUUUCGCUUCUUGAAUUUGGGGUGUGUUUUACUUUUAACUACAACACGAUCGAUCGUUUGAGAGCUCAGGCGCCCGGGAUUUCCCAUGGGCUACAAGUAAUGUUGGAUGUUAGAGAGUGGGACUAUUUCUACUCACCCGGUCUAGGUAUUCCUGGUUCAUCUGGGUUCCAGAUCCAGGUCUUUGAUAGUAACACUACUACCCCACGGGUCAACGAAUACGGGAUAGCUGUAGGACCAGGAACGCGAACCCUUAUUGGUCUUAGUCUUUAUGAGAGCCAUAACUUACCACCUACUCUCGGUGGUAAGUGCGGAGAGAAAACACUCAAGUACUACGACGUAUACCGAGUAAGCUCGUGUCGGCUCGAGUGUCAAACAGACUUCGUGAUCGCAUCGUGCGGAUGUCGUGCACAUUUUAUGCCAGGAACAGACAGGGAGUGCAAUCCGCCAGAAAUGAUAUGUGUUCGAGAUGCUGCCAAAACUUUCAACAAAGACACAGCCCUCCGCUGUGAGUGCCCUAUCCCCUGUCGCCAAGUCAGAUACGCGGCCACUGUCUCGCAAACCAAAUAUCCCUCCGAUUUUUACAGCAAAUACCUAGCGGACCAGAUUUCAGCUGCACGGAAUUUAAAUUUGACUGAAGAAAACUUCAGAGACAGCUUAUGUCUGAUCAAUAUAUUUUUCACCGAGCUCAUCCGACACAAGACAACACAACAAGAGGCUUAUUCAUUUGUUAGCCUCCUCAGUGAUAUAGGAGGCUCCCUCGGGAUGUGGAUUGGCGGAAGCAUUCUAACCUUAGUUGAAGUCUUUGAUAUUAUGGGAUAUUCCAUAUUCAAAACCAGAGGAAGAUGAUCAGAGGCGGCUCCAUGGGAGAGGGGGGGGGGGGGGUAUAUAGGGGUGACAACUUUUCUAUGAUUUUUCAAUUUUUUGUGGGAUGUGCGGGCGUGUUGUUCUUUUAUUUCCAUUUUCUGCAUUUCAUUUCCUAAUUUAUUUCAGUUAAUUAGAAUAUGAAUGGAUUAACCUAUGAAUCUAUGUAUAUGUUUUAUGAAUUGCUUAUUUUACUGGUACCAUGUUGUAUUAUUCAUGAAGCCAUUAUGAUGUAUCAUUCACGAAGUAAUGAAAUUUAUGGGUCCAGU